AUCCUUGCGGCAGCUUUUAUUGGACGUGCUGCUGUCAAGCAGUGCCGAAGAAUUGGAAGGGCAAACGCUCGAAAGGCAGAGAAAAAUACUUAAAUAAUUCACCAUUAUGUAGCGAAUUUCUGUAUUUUGCGUUUAUAAAGAACAAUCACCCAUCUUCCUUACUGAAAACCGAAACUUGGGGGACGCGCAGCGGUCUGUUUUUAUGCGAUUGGUCUGAUCCAGAGGAGGUACCUCUUCAACAGAUAAUUUGACAGCACUCUUCAUAUUUUUUUUCAGAAAGAGGAAAAAAUUGCAACUCAUUUUUACCCAGUUUUCUAUCUCUGUCGGGUCGUCAUCAAGCUGACAGUGGAUGUCUGAAUGAAGAUUCCACCCAAAUAUUUCUGUUUCGCCUAAUUGGUAUUUUUUUGGCAGAUAAAUGGCAUGUUUUGUCGGACUAAAUUGCAUUUUGUUGCAAGGGGGAGUCUUGAGAUUGGAGCGACAGUCGAGGGGAGCACCAUGCAGUGUGAAUAUUGUAGCCUGUUGAUGAUGGGGUAUAUGAGGCUGGAACAAACUGUCGUGAGAACCGGAUUGUGGCCAAUGUCUUGAAAUGAAGUGGCUAACCAGAUAGUCAAAGAAAAACAUUAGUUCAAUGGAAUUGGAUGGUUUUGGGUGGGGAGGACGGUUUCAGCAGAAGGCUUAUUGGACGAACAUGGAUCAAACUUCUGCUUGAAUUCAACCAGAAGACUGACGUUUACUUGAAAAGAGUAAAGUUUAAAAAAAAAUACAUACAUUCAGAAAGAGAGAGAGAGAGCAAGUGAUGUACGAAUCCGAGGCGGGGAAGCCGUCUCAUGAAGGAUAAAUCGGCCCUGGAAUAGAACCACAGAACAGCGGCGUUCUAUAAUAACGGGAUUCGUGUUAGCAAUAAUAAAACGACGCGUGUAGAAAAUCUCUCAAAAUUGCUUCAUGUAAAAAAAAAAUUAAAAAGCAGAGAGAGGAAAUCUGUUUCCUGGUUAGGGGGGGUGGGUGGGUGGGGGGGGAGGAACAUCUAUUAUUCAUGCUUAGUGUUAGAGAAACUAGAGAGAGCGUUUAGCAUUACGAUUUAUCAAGAGGGAGAAAAAGACCCCCCAGAAGAUAUCAGUGGAGGGAUACCGAAUGACAGUCGUCCAGGUAUUGGUAAAGCACUUGAGCUAGAGGGAUUGUCAGAAGUGGGGUUGAAGCAUGGGCUGUGCUUCAAGCAUUCAUAUCUCCGAUAGGGUGGUCUAUCAAAGUGGAAAGGAAUCAGACGAUUCCCAGCAGACCAAUGCCACUCCUGCCCCAGGACUUCUGAUCAAACCCAGCACUAUCAAGAACACAUUUACCCAGGUGCAGUUUGGACCAAUGAGGUUAUACGAAGAUCAUCUUGAGGUACUGUUAGUAUUUGCCAAAGAGGACAGCCAGAAUAAUGGUUUCUGCUGGGCGUGUGAGAAGGCCAACUUCAGGUGUAACGUGGCGAGGACGCCAGAGGCAGCGCUGGAGUGUUUCAAGGAAAAGCACCACGACCUCGUCAUCAUCGACCACAGACAUUCCAGAUACUUCGACGCUGAAUCACUAUGCCGGUCGAUCAGGGCGGUGACCUCUUCAGAAAACACUGUGAUAGUUGCUGUAGUAAAAAGGCCGGACAGGGAGGAGGCCUCGGUGAUGCCCCUUAUCAAAUCUGGCUUUAACAGGAGAUAUGUGGAGAACGCUAACAUGAUGGCCUGUUACAAUGAGCUGCUGCAGCUGGAGCGUGGAGAAGUUCUGGCACAGUUCAAACUGAGGGCGUGUAAUGCUAUCUUCACAGCAUUGGAGCAGAGUCAGGAGGCCAUAGAGAUCACCAAUGAGGAUCAAGUCAUUCAGUAUGUGAACCCUGCCUACGAGAGCAUCAUGGGUUACCAGCAAGGUGAACUAAUAGGGAAGGAAAUAACAGAAGUGCCUAAAAGUGAAAAGAAUAAGCCUGAUCUCCUUGAAACCAUAAACUCCUGCAUACGGAAAGGAAAGGAGUGGCAGGGGAUUUAUUAUGCCAAAAAGAAGAACGGGGACAGUGUCCAACAAAAUGUGAAGAUCACACCUGUGAUCGGACAGGGAGGUAAAAUCAGACACUACGUGUCUAUCCACAGGCCUUUACAUGAUCAGAAUAAGACAUCCAGUGAACGGGUGCAGGCAGAGUCUCAGACAGACAUCCAGUCCAGUAAGCAUAAGGACCGGAGGAAAGGCUCGUUGGACGUCAGAUCGACUACGUCUCGAGGGAGUGAUGGCAGUUCCCAGAGAAGACACUCCUCCAUGGCCAGAAUCCACUCCAUGACCAUCGAAGCUCCAAUCACCAAGGUGAUCAACAUCAUCAACGCAGCCCAGGAGUCUAGUCCAAUGCCCGUAGCAGAGGCCCUGGACCGGGUCCUGGAGAUCCUGAGGACCACAGAGCUCUACUCUCCUCAGCUGGGCACCAAGGAGGAAGACCCUCAUACUAACGACCUGGUGGGAGGACUGAUGACGGAUGGCUUGCGCAGAUUAUCAGGAAACGAAUACAUCUUUGCUGCGAAGCAGCCCCACCUCCCAAGUCACCUAGCCAUGCCCCUGUCGUUGAAUGACAUCCCUCCUCACGUUGCCCAGACAAUGGAGAAUGAAGACUCCUGGGACUUUGACAUCUUCAACCUGGAGACUGCCUGUCUGAAACGGCCUCUGACCUAUCUGGGCCUGAAGAUCUUCUCUCGGUUCGGGGUGUGUGAGUUCCUGAGCUGUCCCGAGGCCACUCUCCGCUCCUGGCUGCAGGGGAUCGAGGCUAACUACCACUCCACCAACUCUUACCACAACUCCUCACAUGCUGCCGAUGUCCUGCACGCUACCGCAUACUUCCUCUGCAAGGAGAGGGUCAAGCAAAGUCUGGAGCAGAUCGAUGAGGUGGCGGCUCUGAUAGCAGCCACGGUACACGACGUGGAUCACCCGGGACGCACCAACAGCUUCCUGUGUAACGCAGGAAGUGAGCUGGCCAUCUUGUACAACGACACGGCCGUGCUAGAGAGCCACCACGCUGCCCUUGCCUUCCAGAUCACCACGCGGGACGACAAGUGUAACAUCUUCAGGAACAUGGAGAGGAAUGAGUACCGUACCCUGCGUCAGGCCAUCAUAGACAUGGUGCUCGCCACAGAGAUGACAAAACACUUUGAGCACGUCAACAAGUUCGUCAACAGCAUCAACAAGCCGCUGGCCGCGCUGGAGGAGAACGGGGGAAUCGGCGACGAGGAGUCUGUCAAAGGCAUCCUAACGUCCCCAGACAACCGGAUCCUUGUCAAGCGCAUGCUGAUCAAGUGUGCCGACAUCUCCAAUCCGUGCCGACCGCUGGAGCUGUGCAUAGAAUGGGCCGGACGCAUCUCAGAGGAAUACUUUGCACAGACUGACGAGGAGAAGAGGCAGAGUCUACCGGUGGUCAUGCCUGUGUUUGACAGGAACACCUGCAGCAUUCCUAAGUCCCAGAUCUCCUUCAUAGACUACUUCAUCACAGACAUGUUCGACGCCUGGGAUGCGUUCGCAGACCUUCCCAACCUCAUGCAGCACCUGGACAACAACUUCAAGUAUUGGAAAGGCCUGGACGAGCGGAAGCUGCACAGCCUGCGUCCUCCCCCAGAGUAGGAGCACCCUGACUGGGGUCGACGCCAGGCCCCGGGCCCCUCCUUGGUUCCUGUCCGUCCAGGGGCUACCAAGCCUUCACUCUUCUGCUUCUGUAACACGCCAUCAAGCGUCCACAUGUCCGUCCAACAGAGACAACACACACGGACGGACGGACGUGCUGCAGCAACACCAGGCUCUUGCUUCGUACAUAAACCCUCGCUAGCUGAGGAUGGAUGAUGGACAGACACACGGUGCCUCAGAGUCCUUAUAAACUACCAGUGCCUGGUGGGCUUGUCUGUAUGCUCCUACUGCUGCCAGGGAGGCUGUGUGAGGGACUGUUCUUCUCCCAGCCAACCUGGUGAUGGACGUACUAUCCCCUUAGUACUCACACACGGGUUCCCCCUGCCUCUCUCUCUCUCUCUCUCUGUCUCUCUGUCAGUCAGAGGCCGGCUGAUGUUACUGUCUCUCUGCAGACUGACUGCACUGUUGGUUAGAGCUACGGGGAAACACACAAACAAACUGAACAUUGAGAUGUCAGGUGGUUUCAAGUCUCAGGCACCUCCAAUGAAAAACUGUUUGGAGGAUCAGCUGAUGGGACAGGGUCACAUUACACAGUUUUUCCUCCUAAAUGGCACCCUAUUCCCUAUAUAGUGCACUACUUUUAGGAUAAAAGAGUCUAUGGGGCUCUGGCCAUAAGAAGUGCACUUUAUAUAGAGAAUAGGGUUCCAUUUGGGAUGGCCAACAAUGUCAAAUCCACGUCAGACCGUACUACCCAGUGUGUGGUGGGCAUUCCGACCGGAUAAAUCCCUAUAUCGCCCCCCGGUGGCCACCAGGUCGAACUACACUCCACCUCCACCAGCUGCCACCAUCACCUUUUACUAUGUCUUCUAGCUGUAUUUCCUUUGUUUCUUUGUCCUUCAGAAGCACCUCGUCCACUAGAGGACCUGUAGCGACGGGAUGGGACACGAGGCCGUCCUAAACACACUAAAUUUGCGUUCCAUAUACCACCCUAUUCCCUUUAUAGUGCACUACUGUUGACCAGAACAAAUCAUCAAAUCAAAUCAAAUGUAUUUAUAUAGCCCUUCGUACAUCAGCUGAUAUCUCAAAGUGCUGUACAGAAACCCAGCCUAAAACCCCCAAACAGCAAGCAAUGCAGGUGUAGAAGCACGGUGGCUAGGAAAAACUCCCUAGAAAGGCCAAAAUCUAAGAUGAAACCUAGAGAGGAACCAGGCUAUGUGGGGGUGGCCAGUCCUCUUCUGGCUGUGCCAAGAGUAGUGCACUAUUGCCGUAUCGGCCCCAGUCAAAUGUAGUGCACUAUGAAGGGAAUAGGGUGCCAUUUUGGGACGCAUCCAGAGACAUACGUGGGUGGGGGUGUGGUCACGGGUGUUCAGUGGGUGGAGCUAAUUAACUGUCCUCAGGCCAUUGGUGAAAGACACAAACAUUCAGACAUCUUGGUCAUAGCCAGGUCAUUAUUACAGACCAUUUGGUCUUUUUAUUUUGUUUUAAAUCUUCCAUAUUUUCUUUAUAAAAC